AUGGAAUACGCACGACUGGGAGAUUCGGGCCUCAAGGUCUCAAAGGUGAUACUGGGUGCCAUGUCAUUCGGCGCUCCAGAAUGGCAGGGCUGGGUACUGAAUGAGGAAGAAUCUCUUCCGCUUAUCGAAUAUGCCUACCAGAAAGGCAUCAGAACAUGGGAUACUGCCGAUAUGUACUCCUACGGCAAGUCGGAAGAAAUCGUGGGAAAGGCCUUGAAGAAAUACAACAUCCCUCGUUCCCGAGUGGUAAUCUUAACCAAAUGUUACUUUGGUGUAGAUGAUUCGGGGAACUUUCCACCUCCUCUCUCGACAGGGAGAACGAACGAAGGCGAGUUCUUGAACCGCGUUGGUCUUUCUCGCAGACACAUCUUAGAAGCCGUUGAUGCCAGUGUCGAGCGACUGGGGACUUACAUUGACGUGCUUCAAAUCCACCGACUUGAUCGUGAGACACCACGCGAGGAGAUAAUGAGGGCGCUGAAUGACGUGGUUGAGAGCGGCAAGGUCCGAUACAUCGGUGCUAGUUCGAUGGCCGCAUGGGAAUUCCAAACUCUACAAAACAUCGCCGCCCGCAAUGGCUGGCACAAGUUCAUCUCCAUGCAGAACUACCACAAUCUCAUUGCCCGCGAAGAAGAACGCGAAAUGAUCCCUUACUGCCUUGACAGCGGCGUAUCUCUUAUCCCCUGGUCUCCUGUCGCACGUGGAGCCCUCGCCAGACCUUGGGAUUCUCGCUCUAGCUUGCGCGAGACAACUGAUAUCGGAAUGAGUAUGCUCAUUCGUAACCGCGAGUCCGAGGCCGACAAGGCUAUUAUCGACCGUGUGGAAGAAUUGGCUGGAAAGAAGGGAAUCAGUAUGGCGCAAGUUGCUAUCGCUUGGUCAUUGAGUCACCCCAGCAUGUACCCUAUUGUCGGGUUGAACUCUAAGGCUCGCAUCGAUGAGGCUGUUGCUAGUGUCCAUAUUAAGUUGACCCCGGAGGAUAUUCAGUACCUGGAGGAACCUUAUGUUCCUAAAACUAUUCAUCCCGGGGAACGAUAA